GCCUGUGGCCCGCGGUGGGCACGCUGGCGGCCGCCGCUCUCCGAGCCGUCGUGGAGCCCAGGCUCUCGCGCGCACGGCACCUGUGGACGCCCUCCCGGAGCGCCCCGGGUAGAGGGGGAGCCGAGCCCGGGACAGACAUGAUACUCCCGUUUCCUGCCCCUUCGGAGCGGCGAGGAGUGGGUGAGGCGGGGUCGGGCCGCUGCCCCGAGGAGCUCCCCGCAACCCCCCAGCCCAGCGCGGCCUGGUCUCUGGCGGGGGCUGCAGGGCCUGGCCCGGGAUGGCGAAGCAGUGUUUGGAACCGUACUUCCCAGUUGGACCCGAACUCAGGAGCCGAAGCCCGGGAGGAAGAGGAAGGCAGCCCUGGAGUGGUUUUUUUACAGUACUUUGAUCAGAAGAGUAAGCGAUGGAACCCGAAGAAGAAAGGAUUCGGUACAGCCAGAGAUUGCGUGGGACCAUGCGACGGCGCUAUGAAGAUGAUGGCAUCUCAGAUGAUGAAAUUGAAGGGAAAAGAACUUUUGACUUGGAAGAGAAACUCCACACCAACAAAUAUAAUGCCAAUUUUGUUACUUUUAUGGAGGGAAAAGAUUUUAAUGUAGAGUAUAUCCAGCGGGGUGGCUUGAGAGAUCCUCUGAUUUUCAAGAAUUCUGAUGGACUUGGAAUAAAAAUGCCAGAUCCGGACUUCACCGUGAAUGAUGUCAAAAUGUGUGUGGGGAGUCGUCGGAUGGUAGAUGUCAUGGAUGUGAACACACAAAAAGGCAUUGAAAUGACCAUGGCUCAAUGGACACGCUACUAUGAGACUCCAGAGGAGGAACGAGAGAAGCUCUAUAAUGUCAUCAGCCUAGAAUUCAGCCACACCCGGCUGGAGAACAUGGUGCAGAGGCCUUCCACGGUGGAUUUCAUUGACUGGGUAGAUAACAUGUGGCCAAGACAUUUGAAAGAAAGUCAGACUGAGUCAACAAAUGCCAUCUUGGAGAUGCAGUAUCCUAAAGUACAAAAGUACUGUCUAAUGAGUGUUCGAGGCUGCUAUACUGACUUCCAUGUGGACUUUGGUGGUACCUCUGUUUGGUACCACAUCCACCAAGGUGGAAAGGUCUUCUGGCUCAUCCCCCCUACAGCCCACAACCUGGAGCUGUACGAGAAUUGGCUGCUGUCAGGGAAACAGGGAGACAUCUUUCUGGGUGACCGGGUGUCAGAUUGCCAACGCAUUGAGCUCAAGCAGGGCUAUACCUUCGUCAUUCCCUCAGGCUGGAUUCAUGCAGUAUAUACUCCAACAGACACAUUAGUAUUCGGAGGCAAUUUUUUGCAUAGCUUCAACAUCCCCAUGCAAUUAAAGAUAUACAGCAUUGAAGAUCGGACACGGGUUCCAAAUAAAUUCCGCUAUCCAUUUUACUACGAAAUGUGUUGGUACGUGUUGGAGCGCUAUGUAUACUGCAUAACCAACCGUUCCCACCUAACCAAGGAAUUUCAGAAAGAAUCCCUCAGCAUGGAUAUGGAGUUAAAUGGGUUGGAAUCUGGAAAUGGCGACGAGGACGGGGCAGACCGAGAAAUGCGACGCUUGAGCAGUAGGCGCUCUGUGCUCACCAGCCCUGUAGCUAAUGGUGUCAACCUGGAUUAUGAUGGUCUGGGGAAAACGUGCAGAAGUCUUCCAAGUCUGAAGAAAACUUUGGCUGGAGACUCAUCCUCAGACUCUAGCCGGGGAUCCCAAAAUGGCCAAGUUUGGGAUCCCCAGUGUAGUCCUCGAAAGGACAGGCAAGUGCAUCUGACCCAUUUUGAGCUUGAAGGUCUUCGGUGCCUCGUAGAUAAAUUGGAGUCCCUACCACUGCACAAGAAAUGUGUUCCCACAGGGAUAGAAGAUGAAGAUGCUCUGAUUGCUGACGUAAAGAUUUUGCUGGAGGAGCUUGCCAGCAGUGAUCCCAAGUUAGCUCUCACUGGAGUCCCUAUAGUACAGUGGCCAAAAAGGGAUAAGCUUAAAUUCCCUACCAGGCCAAAGGUGCGAGUUCCCACCAUCCCCAUAACAAAGCCUCACACCAUGAAGCCAGCUCCAAGGUUAACACCUGUGAGGCCUGCAGCUGCCUCCCCCAUUGUGUCUGGAGCCAGGCGGAGAAGAGUGCGCUGUAGGAAGUGUAAAGCCUGUGUGCAAGGAGAGUGUGGUGUUUGCCACUACUGCCGGGACAUGAAGAAAUUUGGGGGGCCUGGACGCAUGAAGCAGUCCUGUGUCCUACGACAGUGCUUGGCACCCAGAUUGCCUCAUUCAGUUACAUGUUCCCUCUGUGGAGAAGUUGAUCAGAAUGAAGAGACGCAGGACUUCGAAAAGAAACUCAUGGAAUGCUGUAUCUGCAAUGAGAUAGUUCAUCCUGGCUGCCUCCAGAUGGAUGGAGAGGGGUUGCUUAACGAGGAAUUGCCAAAUUGCUGGGAGUGUCCAAAGUGUUACCAGGAAGACAGCUCGGAGAAAGCCCAGAAGCGGAAAAUGGAAGAGAGCGAUGAAGAAGCUGUGCAAGCCAAAGUCCUACGGCCCCUGCGGAGCUGCGAGGAGCCCCUCACGCCCCCACCUCACUCACCCACUUCCAUGCUGCAGCUCAUCCACGACCCGGUUUCCCCCCGGGGUAUGGUGACUCGGUCAUCUCCUGGGGCUGGCCCCAGCGACCACCACAGUGCCAGCCGUGAUGAGCGCUUCAAACGGCGGCAGUUGCUGCGGCUGCAGGCCACAGAGCGCACCAUGGUACGGGAAAAGGAGAACAAUCCCAGCGGCAAAAAGGAGCUGUCUGAAGUUGAGAAAGCCAAGAUCCGGGGAUCGUACCUCACUGUCACGCUACAGAGGCCCACCAAAGAGCUCCACGGGACAUCCAUUGUGCCCAAGCUGCAGGCCAUCACGGCCUCCUCUGCCAACCUUCGCCCUAACCCCCGUGUGCUAAUGCAGCACUGCCCAGCCCGAAACCCCCAGUGUGGGGAUGAGGAGGGGCUAGGGGGAGAGGAGGAGGAAGAGGAGGAGGAGGAGGAAGAUGACAGUGCAGAGGAGGGGGGUGCGGCCAGGCUGAAUGGCCGGGGCAGUUGGGCUCAGGAUGGAGACGAAAGCUGGAUGCAGCGGGAGGUCUGGAUGUCUGUCUUCCGCUACCUCAGCCGCAGAGAACUUUGUGAAUGUAUGCGAGUGUGCAAGACGUGGUAUAAAUGGUGCUGUGACAAAAGACUCUGGACAAAAAUUGACUUGAGUAGGUGUAAGGCCAUUGUACCCCAAGCUCUUAGUGGCAUUAUCAAGAGGCAGCCAGUAAGCCUCGACCUCAGUUGGACCAACAUCUCCAAAAAGCAGCUGACAUGGCUGGUCAAUAGGCUGCCCGGACUCAAAGAUCUCCUCCUAGCAGGCUGCUCCUGGUCUGCCGUCUCUGCCCUCAGCACUUCCAGCUGCCCUCUUCUCAGGACCCUCGAUCUUCGGUGGGCAGUAGGAAUUAAAGACCCUCAGAUUCGGGACUUGCUGACUCCACCAACUGAUAAACCAGGUCAGGACAAUCGUAGCAAGCUCCGGAACAUGACUGAUUUCCGGUUGGCAGGCCUUGACAUCACGGAUGCCACUCUUCGACUCAUCAUUCGCCACAUGCCCCUCCUGUCAAGACUCGACCUCAGUCACUGCAGCCACCUUACAGACCAAUCCUCCAAUCUGCUCACUGCUGUCGGUUCUUCCACUCGCUACUCCCUCACAGAGCUCAAUAUGGCAGGUUGCAAUAAAUUGACAGACCAGACCCUGUUCUUCCUAAGGCGUAUUGCUAAUGUCACCUUGAUUGACCUUCGAGGAUGCAAGCAGAUCACUCGAAAAGCCUGUGAGCACUUCAUCUCAGACUUGUCUAUCAACAGCCUCUAUUGCUUGUCUGAUGAGAAGCUGAUACAGAAGAUCAGUUAAGACAUGCUCAGCCCGGACUGAACAGGAAACUGAUCUUCCCCUGCCUUCCCAAGGAGAGCCUCUCCCUAACCCUGUGCAGGCUGAGGCCUGCAUCACACUCCCUCUCUGCUCUCCUGUCUCUGAGCCCUUCUCCCACAGGUGGGGCAGAGAGAAUGGUGAACACCAAGCUCACCUGCCUGCUCCUCUCCUGAGGAAAAGAGAGGAGAGGUUGAUCCGAGGAGAAAGCACAGACUGUGCUGUUCCGGUGCCUGCUAGCUUGCUCACCUGUUAGGGAAGCUGGGCUCUCACUUUGGGGGAUUUGUGCAUCCUUCACCUGCACUGGGCCCAGAGCCCUUCCUUCCUACUCAUGGUCCCCAGCAGUGCCUGGUUUUGAGCAGACUCCAGGGAAGAAAGCGGCCCUGCCUCCAUGGCCAGGUUCUCUUCAUGGUGUCCGUUGUGUGUCUCUCCUCCGUUACACUCUCCCGGCUUUUGCAGGAGGGGCUAGCAGCCCUAGGAACACCAGACCUGGCAGGUCCCACUGGUGCUCUGUGAAAUGUCCUAAGCCUAGCUCCGAGUCUGUUCUAGCCCUUCUUUCCUGUCCCUGAGCUUGAUGCUAUCCAACGCUCCUGCUCGUUCACAUGAUAUACUCCCUAGUCUGAUCCCCUGCCCUUCCCCCCACCCUCCAACUUUCCCACUAGUCUCUGUGAGGUCCUUGUUGCACUUAUUGGGGUUAUUAAAGUUCUUCAAAGGAGCUGGAACUGUAUCCCCAGGGACAUCCCAUUUCAUUGCUACCCAGGCAGAUUCUAAGACAGGCACCCUCCCCUCCCCCACCCCUUGUGAUUCCCACUGACUGCCCUUUUCCGUGUAAGUCCUCUUUCCUGCCUAGACAGGGCUUUCCCAGGAUGUGUUUCUUCAGAGGGAGCAGCCUGUCUCUUCCCCUCCCCCCAACCAGGUGAGGGGAACGGAGGAGCACCUAAAUCCCCACCUCCCUCCAGGCCAGGCGCUUCCAAGCCACUGGUUUAGCAGAGUCCAGAGCCCAGGCCUGUGCAUUGCCUAGCAGCUCACUGACCUGGUGCCUUUAAGAGGGGAGGGAGUCCUGCUUGGAAGCCAGUCACUUACCCUCUGCCCGCAGCUGUGGAAGAGGGUGUGCAUGUGCCUCUGUGUGUGUGGCUGAGUGUGCUGCACAUGUGUGUGCAGGGAGGGAGUGGAGCAUGGUGUCUCCCACUCUACCACCUUCUUCAAACCCCAUCAGCUGCCCCCUUUUACUUUGCAUAGAAUGGCCUGUCCAAAGAUCCUCUCUCUAGGGCAGCAGAGAGCUUUUUGCACUUUAAAAA